AUGGAGCCCAAGCCCGACGUCAUGGAGAUGGAGGAUGCUAAGCAGAACGAGCUCAAUCGCUUCGGCGACCAUGUCCAACAGCAGCAAUUAACGCGGCGGAUUUUGCUGAAGCUCGAUACACGGAUCCUGCCCAUGCUGGCCCUGCUAUUCCUCUGCUCAUUUCUCGACCGCACCAAUGUCGGAAAUGCCAAGAUCAUCGGGCUGGAGAAGGAUCUCCAUAUCACCGACCAUCAGUACGACGUGGGCCUGUCGGUGUUCUAUCUCACCUAUAUUUGCAGUGAACUGCCGAGUAACCUCGUGCUUAAGAAGGCUUCCCCCAAGCUGUGGCUGCCGUUUUUGACGGUCCUCUGGGGUGUUAUCACCAUGUGCCUGGGGUUCGUGAAGAAUUAUGCGGGGUUUGUCGCUGUACGGGCACUAUUGGGAAUCGCGGAGGGUGGAUUGCUUCCAGGCAUGGUGCUAUAUUUGUCUUCAUUCUAUCGGCGUGGAGACCUGGCCUUGCGAAUUGGUCUGUUCUACACAGCUGCCUCUCUGUCAGGGGCCUUUGGCGGUCUUCUUGCUCGUGGAUUGGCCGAAAUUGGUCCGCGCGGAGGACUGGAGGGCUGGCGGUGGAUUCUUGUGAUUGAAGGGCUGCUGACCUGUGUGUGCGGUGCUGCGAGCUUCCUAGUUCUCCCCAAUUCCGUGGAGUCAGCAACCUUCUUGACCCCCGAAGAGAAGGAGUUCGGGCGCGAGAGGCUGUUGCUGGAUAACCCCACGUCUCCAGAGGGAACGCUGGCUGCUGAAGAGGACGCGUUCAAAUGGUCUGAAGUCCGGCGAGGCAUCCUAGAGCCGCAGAUGUGGUUCUCCGCCACGGCGUAUUUCGCCAUUCUGUCCGGCCUGUACUCGUUCGGUCUAUUCCUCCCAACUAUCAUCCAAAACCUCAACUUCGCCAAAGACGCCAACCAGGUCCAGCUCUGGUCCGUCAUUCCCUAUGCCGUCGCCGCCGUCAUCACAGUCAUCGUGGCCUUCAUCUCCGACCGCCUCCGCCUCCGCGGCACCGUUAUGCUCUUUACCCUCCCCAUCGCAAUCGUCGGCUACGCCGUCAUCGCCAACAUCGACAAUCCCCGCGUCCAGUAUGGCAUGACCUUCCUCAUGGCGACUGGACAGUACGCUAGCGUGCCGUGCAUCCUGGUCUGGAUGUCCAACAACUCUGCCGGUCACUAUAAGCGUGCGACUACGUCGGCGCUGCAGUUGGCUAUCGCGAAUUGUGGCGGGUUUGUUGCUAGUAUGUGUCCCUGCUUGAUUUGCCCCUCCCCCCCCCCCCCCAACCCCAACUGGGCUGUGGGUGGCUCGUUUAAUUAUCCGGCGCGUGAUAAGCCGAAUUUCCAUCGUGGACAUACGAUUAUCCUUGGGCUAUUGGUGUUUGCGUGGUUUAUGAUUUUGUUGAAUGUCUUGUACUGUGCCAAGGUUAAUCGCGACAAGAAGAACGGCAAGUAUGAUCGCUUUAUCGGGUAUAAUGAUGAUCGGAAUCCGAACUUUAAAAUGGUUCUGUGA